UACGCAUUAUAAAACGCAAGGUUAGCCUUUUUAAGUAAAACUAACCGCAACUUCCUUGUAUGAACACCUUGGGUUUAUUGUGAAGGACGUUUACGCUGAUCGUAUGAUGUGGUGGUACAAAAGUUUAGGACUUGAUCUUGUAGCGAUUAUUUCAGUCGCAGCGGAGAAUUACAGCUUGACCUCUUGCGCAACAGAAUGGCGCUCAGUUCCGUGUGAUCUGGCGGAACCGAAGAUAAAACUAAACAAUGGCGACUUUGAAGUGGAAGAGUCUCUUGAUUCAGUGGUCAUUACUUCUGAUGUUUGGAUCGGCUACUUAUUAGCAAAAAUUCCGUUCCUCUUGCUCGGUCUAGUAGGGGUAGUCGUCGGUGUGUCAGUCGGUAUCUUGGUAGCAGUUGUUGGAGCUGUUGUACUAUUUUGUCUCAAAAGAAGAGGAAAAGUAACAUGUUCAAAGACGAAGACCCUUCAUAAUAAAAACGACGAGGAUGUUUUAGAAGAGAGGUCAUCAAAUGUAAAUAGGAUCGACAACUCCGUUGCCAAUCAAAACUACUUUGUACUCGAGAAACACACAACGAAAUGAAGCCAUCUCGGACGAGGAUGAUUACCAUUCCAUCAAUGAUAUAGAAGACCCACGUGAAAACGCCAAAGGCGACUGCGAUGAUUACGACUUCACUACUAAAAGGGCAGCGACAUUCGGUGGCAUGCAUCCUGACACUGUAUAUAACAAACAUAUGCUUGGAAGACAAGUUGACUAUGCCCAUGUCAAAGAACCAGGUCAGAUAAAUAGCCUCACAUCAAACAUCGACUAUGAUGCGACUGUAACUUCGCCGGCGAGAUCCGCUCACGGAAUCGGCGACUACGACCAUGUCCAGGGACUGACAGAGGUGCAUAAAGCUGCCUCAGGUAACGAUUAUGACACAACUGCUGCAUCACUAGCUACUUAUGGAAGAAGACAGGGCGAAAAAGGCGAUGAAAGCAAUUAUAAUCACAUACGUACCAGCGUGGUUUAAGGAAGUUGGGAAAGAUCGAUUUGAUGCUCACCAGAAAAGCUUGAUUCCGGUUGUAAAUGCGAUGUUCAAAGAUUCUCCGUGUGACUUUUCCUGGCUAAAGACAUUUGACUAGUUAAUGUUGGAAAAAGGGCAAAUAAAACGUUUUAAUUAAUUUAAUUUUUAUGUAAUUAAAUUUAUUUUCAUAAAUUAAGGCACGGUAUUAUUGUGCAUCUGAUUGUUAAGAAUUUGACUCAAACUAUGGGAGAAUCUGCAUGAAGCUGUCUAUAAGGAGGGGCACAGGUGAAUGAACGAAUGAUUGGAUAUUGAAGGUGAACAUGAUCCUUGUCGGGGUAUAUGGAUGUUUAAGGGAUUGUUGCUUUUAGAGCAUCUAUGGAUGUUUAAGGGAGUGUUGCUUUAAGAACAUCUAUGGAUGGUUUAAGGUAUUGUUGUUUUUAGAACAUAUACGGAUGUUUUGAGGGAUUGUUUCUUUACGAACAUAUAUGGAUGUUUUAAGAGAUUGUUGCUGUUGGAGCAUAUAUGGAUAUUUUAAGGGAUUGUUGCUUUUAGAGCAUAAAUGGUUGUUUGUUGCUUAAAGCGCGUCUAUGGAUGUUUUAAGAGAGCGUUCUUUUAAACCGCCUCUAUUGGUUGAAGGGAGUGUAUCUUUAAGAGCCUUUCUGGACGUGUUAAGGGAUUGUAAAUUUUAGUGUAUCUAUGUUUUAAGGGAUUGUUUCUUUUGAAGCAUAUGCGAAAUUGUAAGAUUAAGCUGUUUUUGCGGAUGGGGACGUACAAUUAAGCCUUAUGGUUAAAUAAGCACAUUUUGUUUGAUAUUUCACACCACACGUUACUUAAUAUUUUUCUCUGAAACAUUCAAGUGUUUUUUUUGUACAUUUCAUACAUGUGUUCAUGUGGCGUUAAGUGAGCAAAACAGAGCACAACGUCAUUUGGAUAUGACGUUGAUAUGAUGUUACAUUAUGCUCGACACAUUAUAUAUUAUUUGGAAAUGUUUGUUUGUAAGUAUGGAUGAAAGGAAUGUGAUCAUUUGAUGUGCUAUCAGAAGUUUUUGGAUGUAAACAGUUUCAUAAACCAGUUAUAUAAUAUUAAUUUUCGUCCGAACGUUUAUUACAAUAACAAGAUCUACAUUUAUUGUCAGGUUUUAUCAAUAACGAAUAUAUUAUAUAUGUGUUUAGCAUCGACGAGCGCGUCGUUAAUUUAGCCUUGAAACAUAAACAUCUCUAUAUUCAACAAUUUUUCAUAAUUAUAAUAUGUAUUAUAUGGUUCACCGAGGCAAACGCAUUUGUGAGCAAUUUUGUGAUAUGCGCCUGCCUACUUGAAACAGGCAUCACAUUCGCAAGUCUUAAUUUAACAAGCUUACUGUUAUAUAUGAAUAGAAAAACAGAAACGACAUAGAACAUUUGUUACACAUAAUUUCAUGACACAAUAUUUGAUUCAUUCAAUUCUUACUUAUUACUUUACGGGACUUAUUCACUCUAAAUUGCUCAUUAUCCGGAGCAAGCAUAUACUUUACGACGUUUAUGUUGCACAGAUGCCAACUACUUGAAAGAGUACUUGAUACAGAAUCCCUUAUAAAUUGUCGUUCUUUAUAGCCCUGAUAUACCUGAUGUAAACCUUAUUAUGAUGAUAGUGGUGGUGGUUAUGCUGCUGCUGCUGAUUAUGAUGAUGUCGAUGAUACUUAAGCGGGAUAUUUAAAGAGAGAUAUAAAAAAACUUACAAGAAACAAAAUAAUGACUAUGCAAUCUUACCUUGGUGGACUAGUAUGAAAACCUCGAACAAUAGACACAACUAAAACAUUGUUUUAGAGAAACAAGUCAUACGAUUACGAAUAUAUUCCAUACUGUUUCUUUGUAUACCAUACAAUAAUGCAGGUUAACAGUUAAGUACAUGGUUUAAAUAGUUAAGUUAAAAUACAACAUGUAGUCGGUGAAGCCUUGUUUUAAUGUUAUUGAUCAGUGGUUAUUAUAAUUAAUUGAAUACAUAUUUUGUAUUGUCGCUGUUGUAAAUAUCUUCAUAUAGGAAUACUUAAUUGUCAUUUUAAGUAAUUAUUAUAAGUAAGUUAAUAUCUAUCAGUAGUUAUUAUAAUUAGUUAAAUACAUAUUUUGUUUUGUCGUUGUUGUAAGUAUAUUUAUAUUGGAAUACGUAAAUGUUAUUUUCAGUAAUUAUUAUAAUUAAGUUAAUAUCUAUUUGGUAUUGUCUUCGUUUGUCGCUUUUCAUAGGAACGGUAAAAUGUAAUGGCAAAAUAAUACUUAACUCGAUAUCUAUUGUUUCAGUAAAAGUUAGAUUCCAAAUAUUAAGUUCACAUCGAAUAUGUUAAGAACAUUCUCCGUAUGUAAACUAAUUUCUAUCAAUCACAUUUUCUUGCCAUGCUAUUUAAUUGAAAUAUGUAUUAUGUUUAAAUUGCUAUGUACUGAUUGUAUUCGCCAAUAAAAUUGUAUGUCUGUUUGUCUUGCAAACGCUCAAUUGAAUGAUUGAAAUGGCUUUGUGCAGAUUUCUGUUUGACGACUGUAAGUAAUGUCUGCAUAUUAUAGUUUAAAAAAGAGAGGCUUUAUGAUCAAUUUGUUAAAAAA